GAUAUGGUAAUCUUCAAGAAUUCUCGGGAAAUACCGAUUCUCUUCGGGAACUUGCACAUUUAACCUUGAGCUGCACUAUAAAUACAUUCGUCUCUCCCAACCGGUAGAUCAUAAAAAUUCAAAAUACAGAAAGAAGUCUCCUUAACAACUUACUAGCACUUAAAUUGAGAUCCAAACUUUCUAGAAAACAAAAUUGUAGAAUGUCGCUGAUUCCGAGUGUUUUCGGCCGAAGGAGCAACGCUUUUGAUCCAUUCUCUCUCGAUCUUUGGGACCCUUUCAAAGAUUGGCCCUUUAAUUCAGUCCUCUCAGUCUCAGCUCGUUCAGACCUUUCUAACGAGACGUCUCAGUUCGCCGCCACACGGAUUGACUGGAAGGAGACGCCGGAAGGCCACGUGUUCAAAGCUGAUCUUCCCGGCCUGAAGAAGGAGGAAGUGAAGGUCGAAGUUGAGGAAGGGAACGUUCUGCAGAUCAGUGGAGAGAGGAGCAGGGAGGAGGAGGAGAAGAAUGAUACCUGGCACCGCAUGGAGAGGAGCUCCGGAAAAUUCCUUCGCCGGUUCAGGCUGCCUGAGAAUUCAAAGAUGGAUCAGAUCAAAGCAAGUAUGGAGAAUGGGGUGCUGACUGUCACUGUCCCCAAGGAGGAAGUGAAGAAGCCUGAAGUAAAGGCCAUUGAUAUUUCUGGCUGAAAAGAGUCUUGUGUAUUGAAUCCGGAUUAAUGUAUCAUGCUCUGUUUUACUGUGUCUGUCUGGUUUUCGAAGCGAAGUUCAUCAAUUCGAAAUAAAAUGUGAAUGUGUGAUUGCAGCUGUUUAUUGUACCAUUUCCUGUUUGAGUCUCAUUUUUGGAAGAAAACAUACUUUUUUGUA